GGGGGAACCGAGAGGAACCAGAGGGGAGAGGAGAUUUAUCUCAUUGUUCAGUUCUCCCUCUCAGUCUGCCUUCCCGGUGUAGAGAGAGGACGACAGCAAGGAGUGGGAGGGGGGGGGCGCACGGAACGAAAGAGGGCGGAAUGCCCCUUUACAGGCGUCGCAUCUGACCGAGCAGCUCGGAGGAGAGAGGACCGCGGCUCCUGCGACGUGAAGGUGUUGUUGCAGUUAAGUGGGACAGAAGCUUCCAGUCCGAUCUGAGGCGUUUUACAGCUUCACCCAGCUGCGUCAGCUGGAGCUAAAAACAAGAUAUUCCCAUCUGUGAUUCCACUUUGCAGUGAAGAAAGAAGAAAAAUCUGCGGGCUUCAGUUUUUGAUCUCAAAACCAUCAGGAAGAUAACGAGCUGAAGGUUCGUGGGGGGAGAGAGAAGUGUGUUCCUCGGAUGCAUGGAAACGUCUCCGCUCCGGUUUGUGAAGUCGGCAUGAAGCAGGACCUCGAGAGUUGAGUUCAGCAAAGGGAAAGAGACGCGGGGACGGUUGUUGUCCAGACAUCCACGAGCAUGUCCCUCUGGUCUCUGUGAUCCACACACCCACUGCUGCGUCGCCUCUGCCCCGUCAGCCUCGUCUUUCCCCGUCCACGCCCCGUUCAAAGGUGGACGGGCCAGCACCGUUCUUCUGCAGGUGCCGUCCAGAACGUGAGGGCGGCGAGGGCUGCGCUGUCAUUGGCUGACUGCUGGCGAGAGUGCGAUGCGGAUUGGAGCAUGUCGGGGGACUGGGAUGAAGACCUGUGUAAGAAGGCGCUGGUGCUGGUGGAGGAGCUGUGCUUCAACUCGCCGAGAGGUUACAGCCAGAGCGAGCGGUGCCAGGAGUUCAGCUACCUGCUGAGGGGUCGCAACAGACCGGACCCAGAAAUCUCUGUCAGCCUGCUGUCGGUCAUCGUGACAUUCUGCGGCAUCGUCCUCCUCUCUGUCUCCCUCUUCGUCUCCUGGAAGCUCUGCUGGCUGCCGUGGCGGGACAAGGAGGGCGGGGGGCUGAGCCUGACGUCGGGCUUGUUGCCCGGAACUGCCGGAGUCGGAAGUUUGGGAGGAGCCGGGGGGUCGUCACUUUUACCCCCGCUGCUGCAGAGGAAGGAUGGCCAAUCCUCAUCCUCGCUCUACCCCUCCCUGGGCCAGCAGGGCCACCCCCAUUUCUCUGACCUGGUGGGGCUGGAGAGGGGCGAAGUGGGAGGAGUGGUUGGGGGCCCAAAUGAGACCCAGGAGCACUCGUACCUGGACAUGGACUCCUACCCCAACAAUGCAGGAACUCUGAAGUUGAGUCAGACGUCUCCGGAUGUCCCGAACUCAGAGGGAGGAGCCCAAAAAGACCUGCCCAACGCUCAUUCCCAACAGCAGGUCACCCCACGGCCCAAACCCAUGACUCACCAGCUCUCCAGCCCCGAUUUCCACGGCGAGGAGAAGGAGCAGGUCACCUGCAUCGGACAGAUCAAGCCGGAGCUCUACAGACCCAAAGGCGAUCAGGGCGAAGGCAAACAGGGCGACACCUGCGGCAAGAUCUGCUUCCUGCUGCGCUACGCCUUCAAUACGGAGCAGUUGGUGGUGAAGAUACUGAAAGCUUUGGACCUGCCAGCAAAGGAUGCCAAUGGCUUCUCUGACCCUUAUGUGAAGAUUUACCUACUGCCAGACAGGAAGAAGAAAUUCCAAACAAAGGUCCACAGAAAGACCUUAAACCCAGUGUUCAACGAGACGUUCCAGUUUGGCGUGCCGCUGAACGAGCUACAUUCCAGGAAGCUGCAUUUCUCCGUGUACGACUUCGACCGUUUCUCCAGACACGACCUGAUCGGACAGGUGGUGGUGGAAAACCUGCUGGACUUCAGCGAGGACAGCGGGGACAAACCCGUGUGGAGGGACAUCGUGGAAGGCCAUGCGGAGAAGGCUGAUCUCGGGGAGCUUAAUUUCUCGCUGUGUUACCUGCCCACCGCAGGCAGGCUCACCGCCACAGUCAUCAAGGCCACCAACCUCAAAGCCAUGGACCUGACCGGUUUCUCAGACCCGUACGUGAAGGCCUCUCUGGUAUGUGACGGGCGACGGCUAAAAAAGAGGAAGACCUCCAUUAAGAAGAACACGCUGAACCCCACGUACAACGAGGCGCUGGUGUUUGACAUUCCCAACGAAAACAUAGAAAGUGUAUCCAUCGUCAUCGCGGUGAUGGAUUAUGAUUGCAUCGGUCAUAACGAGGUUAUAGGGAUGUGUCGUGUGGGCAGCGAAGCCGACGGUCCCGGGAGGGAGCACUGGGCGGCCAUGCUGGCCAAUCCACGUAAACCAAUAGAACACUGGCAUCAGCUUGUUGAGGAAAAAGCAAUCGGUACAUUUGUGUCAAAGAGUGCCACAACACCUUCCCCUAAACCACAUAUUGUGGUGGACAGUCCCCACUCUGAUUAAAAUGGUCAUCCUCAUCUCGACAGCUCCC